GACUGGGAAUUAUUGACAGUGCGACUCUAUAUACUCUUGCUUGCGGUAUACACUCUCACUAGUAUAAAACAACCUUGCGUCCUAGCGUAGCAGUAGACAAGACUAGCUCGUCAGACUAUUGUUACGGAGUCAUUCAACAGGAUUUAUAGAACUAACUUAUUUUAUUUUUUGCAAUAGGAAAAAUAAUAUCUUGAGGAUUUUUAAUGUUUGAAAACACGAAAGACUUGGAUGAGUUACAAAAUUAAUUAGUGUUAAAACACUGUGCUGUAAAUUAUUGAUAAAGCGCCAGUCAGCAUUUUGGAAUCAUUGUUAUAAAAGCGUACUGUAAUUAACAAUUUCAUGCGGUAGAAUUCUUUUGAAAUAUCUGAAGAAAAUAAUUGACGGCGGUUAAAUGAAGUGAAAGUCGAAAACAGAUAAAUAAAUCCAAUUCUUUACAAGAUUUUCAUCAAUAAUUUAAAACCGCUGGACCUUAUUUGUAAGCCAAGGAUUUUUCGCAAAAUAAGUGGAAUUCUUAAAAUUAGUGUUUAAGCUUGUGAAAUCACCUGUGCGCUUAUGAACAAAUUUUAAAUCCAGCUCAAUUCCAUAAAACGACAUUUAGGAAACAUCAAGAGUAAAACUUCUUCGUCUGAGCUGUAUCAGUUUUCUUGCUUGAGACGUAAAGACAGCUUUAUUACGGAUAAGAUUUCAACAUCAACGUGCUCAAACUUUCGCUGGAUGUAAAUAAUUUAUAAGUCAAAUGCAAACAUUUUACAUUAGGACCUCAGAAAUGAACUAGCGGGAUCAUCGUCACAUCUUUUUACUGCAGUGGAUUUGCAAAUACGUUCUGUGUUCUGGAUAUAUAUUAAUUAACUUUUUUGUCACUUCCUCCCCAUUUCCUCGACGUUCCGCGUACUUUCCGUUAUCAUGGAGAUGUCAAGUUUACUGCAAGUCAUUAACGUUUUCGUUCUUAUCCUCGUGGAACAAUGCGGUGCUAUUAACUUGAGUGACGAUCUCAGACGCCUCGCGGAAACGCUUCCGGGCGUCUAUAGCAACAACGCCCGCCACUCUGGCCAUCUGCACUCAACACACAACAGGCCGCUAGGGUCACAGGAGACGCCGGCACCAGCAUUAACGACCAUUCCCCUGAGGGCCAUCUAUCGCCCCGUGGAGGUUACGUUUCUCAAAGACGAUUUUAACGUUUACGUUGAACAAACGGUUCAAGGGGAGUCAAAACCGCACAGGCGGUGGCUGUACAGUUUUUCAAAGGACGAACGGACCCGGUCAAUAAAAUUACGUAUAUAUAAUUUUAAUGACGAUUCGAUUAUAGAAAAGAUUGCCAAGAAUCCACGAGCCAUUAAAUACCUCAGCGGAAAUGACGUCACCACACGGAGCAACUGUGACAUGUUCUGGAGACGUCUUGGGGAGACUUUUGUCGGUACGACGUCACGCCAGUGUCAAGCGGUCGUCGACACCAAACAGGUCCGUAUCUCCAUUAUGACGACUCUGACGUCAUCGAGUCUCCAGAUUGACGAGGGUUGGUACAAUGUCAAGGACGGGUCAAAGGUCACGGAGUUGGACGGUCCAAUCUUCCUUACCAAAAUCGAGCCCAUUCUGGACAAUCCAUUUCUGGGUACUGACGAACAGAGAGCCGGGGAUCCCAGGCUUGAAAAGGACAGUGAAGAACUUCCUUUAUUACAAAAGGACGGUCGAAAAAAAUACUCAAAAACAAACGAAAUAAAGGAAGUCCAGAAAAAUACGUAUCGAGUAUCACAAAACAAUGUUCCUAAUGUCGCAAAAAAGUAUAACACGAUUGAUAAACCUUACGCAACGAAAUCUGACGAUCUUUACAACAGGGCGAUUGAAAAAGCCGGAUUCAGUUACUAUGGAAAUGUUAUUGAAGAUACCAGAAACCGGCCAAGAAAAAUACCAACUUCAAAUGAAAUUAGUACCAGUGACAAACAACAAACAUCAAUGUGGAAUUUACAGACAUACGAGGGUGUAUUGGACGCUUUGACAAGUGGCCACAAGGUGUAUUUCUCAGCGAAAACGAAGCAUUGUUCGAAUCUAAAUGGGGCGAGGAAGAAGGAUAAAUCUUUUGUUGGGGACUAUGUUGACAUUUUUGAAAUUCAUAGAGACUUUUCGGAAAAGCAGCCCAAUAAAUUUGUCCAGUUUUCUUUGCGGCGAACAGAAUACAACAGAAAAGGAAUCUUCGACGUCAUAACGGAAGUGACGACACAUCGUAACGGUUCUGUGCACAUGCGUACUGUACAUAUCAACGAUGACAAGCGGGUUCACAAACAUUAUUCCAUUGAAUGCGAACUUUACAACGAAAUUACAGGGAAAGGCUCCGUCCGUUUCUUCCUUGAUCCAUACCGUGACGUCAGCCAGAUAACACGUAACAAGGUAUUGAUGACGUCACUACAGAACGGGCACCUGCUACGAAUCACAACGGAAGUUGACAAGUGUCGAGGGGGUCAAGCAGACCACGUGAUACUUGGAGGAGAAGUUAGAAGUUACGAUCUCGGUCGAAACGGGAAAACUCUGGACUUUAGUUUACAGUCGCCACGUCUCGUCCAGGCCCCUGGAAGUGGAGUGGGCGUCGAAGAGCACUUGUACAUGUUUUCCUUCCCGCGCCGCGGGGAAGUUUCGGUAUUACGUCAUCGGCGUCAAGUGACGUCACUCCAAAGUGACUUGUCUGUUGUAAACGGAUACCGGAAGUACAGGUGUGAGACGGACGUAAAUUCGAGUACGCGGGCCAUUACUGUGUAUAAUACAUGACAGAAAGAUCCGUGACCAACGAUGUUUCGUAUCAUGCGACAUUUGAGGAUUUAGACGCAAUCGGAUUGGUGCAAAAUCAUGACACGAAGGAGUCGUGACAAAAACAUACAUGUGUAUUCCAGUGCUGAAUCAUUUAGAAUCAUAUGAAGCGUAAAACACGUUUCCAACUUUCGUACAAUCGGAUAAUCUCGGCUUGGCCUCGUUUAUUUCCGAACCGUAACGGAAUUAUCCGGAAAUUGCCGAGAAGUUGCGAUGACUAAAUCAAGGGCAUGGUGGAUAUUUAGAGACGGUCCUGUGAUAUACAUUUACCAAUUGUGAAAGUGUUUAUGCCAUGCUUAUUUAGUGACUUGGUAACAUGGUGCCAUAAACACUGGCGUACAUUUAUAGUUUACGUUUACAUUUUAUUAUAUUACUUAGUUCGUAAUUGGAGCGUUUCACUUCAAAAUAGAUUAUUGUUCAACUAUUUUGAAAUUAUGAUUUCUGAUAGGACACAUUUGCAUGUCUUAAUAUGUCUCCAUUUAUCAUAAUAUUUGGUAAUCAAUCAUGUUUUUUUCUCAUAUGAAAUAUUACUUAAUGUGAAUUGAAUGUUAUAGCUAAAUCUCAAACAAUUGAUAUCUGUAAGUGCUUUAUUCUUCUUCUUUUUUUAAAAUGAAAUAAAUUUCGCUUUUCUCAUUUUCGCAGGUGAAUCCAAUCACAUAUGUUUUACUAGUUAAAACUUGUCAGGCAAUCGUUCAAUCGUGUCAGUUUCAAGAUUCUUGUCUGAAAAAUCAUUUUCUUCAAUAAAUUUAAAAAAACAGAGCAAAAUGAAAGAAAUCCGUCCAAAGGAGAAAUACCAUGUAUAUAGUUUUCUGUUAUCAUGUUGUAUUAGAGCGGAACAUAACAUUUUAUUUGCGAAACAAAUAAGGGUCUGAGUUCCAGUUAUUUUUACAUUAGUUAAAAGUGUCAUUUGAACUGCUAAAUGGCUGCUAAGUUAAAAAAAAAACUCUUUGUUUUGCACUGUACGUUGAUGAAAUGUUCACUGUUCGCUAAUCAAGUAGAAAACAUCGCUGAUAAAAAGGGAAUAGUUCGCUGAAAAAAAUAUGUGCACUGUUCGCUGAAAAAAUGAACACUGUUCGCUGAUCACGAAGAAUACACCGCUAGUUGAUAAAAAGUGCACUGUUGUUGAUAAAGUUGAGUGCACGGUUCUCUGUUAAAGUGGUGGGCACUAUUCGCUUAUUAAGUUGUGUGCAAUGUUCGCGGAUAAAGCGUUGCGUACUGUUCGCUGAUAACGUUAUUUGCACUGUUCGCUGAUAAUGUUAUGUGAACAUUUCGUUGAUAAGGUGUUAUGCACUGUUCGCUGUUAAAGUUAUGUGCACUGUUCGCUGGUAAAGAUGUGUGCACUGUUCGCUGUUUAAGUUAUCUGCACUGUUCGUUGAUAAAGUGGUGUGCACUGUCCGCUGAUAAAGUGUUGUGAACUGUUCGCUGAUGAAUUGUUGUGAACUGUUCGCUUAUUAAGCUAUGAGCAAUGUCCAUUGAUUAGUCGGCUGUUACACUGUUCUUUCUUAAUGUGCAGUUAAAUUGAUCAUAUUUUGUUUAGUAUUUAAUCAUACGCGGCUCUUAUCUUUCUUAUUUAUUAUUAACUGUUUGAUAUUUUAUGAUGACUUGCAUAAUUUGGAAAAUAUUAUACUCAUUUGUUAUUGUGUACAAAUAUGUGACAUUGUUUUUGGAUUUGUAAAUAUUCAUUUGAUAUAUUUAUAUACCUGUCUUUUUCUGCAUAAAAUACAUUGGAAUAAAUUUGAAUCACAUC